AUGUGCUUCCGUUGCGCUUCCAACCAGCUCAUUGUCGGAGUCGCGAAUCCAAGGCGCUUCCGGACGAUUCCGAGCGCUUCCGCUUCCGGAGCGAGAAACGUCUCACAUGCAGCGCUUCCAUGCUUCGUAGGACAUACCUUUAAAGUUAUAGUCUUCCUCAUUGAACAGUAUCGCAAAACACAUAUUAUGAGUGGAAUACAUUUAACAAACAUCUUAUUUGAGGUUCUGGAAAGGAUAUCUCACUCUGUUUUAGUGGAUCGAAUAUGCGGGAAGAUUGCAAUUAAUGCGUCUAGGAGUAAGCUUAAAUUGAGUUACAUCUCAAUGAUCUUUAAACCUAGAAGACGAGUAUAUGUCGUUGAUGAUGAGGAUAUUCAAGCUUACCUAAACUCGACGGAUAAUGAGCAAUGUAGAAGCGUCUUGAAUGUGGAGGUAUUGAUUGGCAGUGAAAUGGAAAGUUCUUUUGGGGUGAAUUAUGAGGUUAACAACGCAGGUAUCAUCACUCUAUACGAAAACACAGAGAAAGGAGGAGCAGACGAAAACACAGAGAAAGAAGUAGAAGAAGACAGUGAGCCGAGAGUAAAUGUUGACGUUGGUGAUGGUGAUAAUGGUAUGGAUAAUGGCAUGCGUAGCUCUUCCUAUUUUCAUGAUCAUUUUGAGGUUCCUCGUGCUAACCUAGGAUGUGAUUAUGUUGAUGAAUGGGAUGAUGGAUUGGGAUUGGAACUAGGUCAGGAAUUUCCAAGUUGCGCCUGGUACUUAAAAGCAGCUAAGAUUCCACAUUCACCUUGUUUCUCGGUGACGGUUUACACGGGUAAAUACAGAUGCUCUCGUGCUAGUGCGAGUACAAGCAUGCAAAAAACCAGAGGCACACCACAUCUAGUUGCUGCUGUUUUGAAUGAAGACUAUGGAGGGAGUUAUGAUACACCAGCUCCGAAGAACAUCCUGAACAUUGUUCAAGAAAGAUUGGGUGUGAAAAUGUCGUACUCGACCGCAUUAAGAGAGAAGCAUCAAGCUAUUAAUGAUGUGCGAGAAGUUCCUAUAUUGUUUCGCUUUAGCAUUGAAGGUUUUCAGGCUAUGAGGAAGGUCAUCAUUGUCGAUGCAACUUCUUUGAAGACAGCAUAUCCAGGGGUGCUCGUUUUUGCCACAGCUCAAGAUCCCAAUCAUCACCAUUAUCCACUUGUGUUUGGCAUUAUUGAUAGCGAGAAUAAUUCAAGUUGGGGAUGGUUUUUUGAACAGCUGAAGACAGUUAUAGGUGAUAGUCCUGAAUUAGUUUUUGUUUCUGACAGACACCAAAGCAUCAUCAAAUCAGUUAGAGAAGUGUACCCAUCUGCUGAACAUGGAUAUUGCACUUACCAUUUGUCCCAGAACGUGAAGGGAAGCAUUGGCUCCAACAAGGACGAAUGCGCUGCACAUUUUAUAAGGUGUGCAGAGAAAUAUACCUACGCUGAGUUUUCUCCAUGUUAUAUGGACUUUCGGAGUCGGUAUCCGAACGCAGCAGUGUACCUGAAUAAUCAUGUGGAGACUAAUAAAUGGGCGCGAUGCUUAUUCAAGGGAGCAAGGUAUGAUGUCGAUACAAGCAACGUGGUGGAAUCAAUGAAUAGUGUGUUCAUGAAAGCUAGGAAGUACUCUAUACUACCUAUGUUUGAUGAGAUAUUGAAGACCUUUUCACGUUGGUUUAACGAGAAUAGAAAAGAAGCCGGCUCUGUUUCGACAGCAAAGAAAUUGGUCCCGCUUGUGGAGAACAUAAUGCAUGGCCGAUGUGAAGCUGCAUCCAAGUUACUUGUUUAUGAGGUGAAUUCCUACACACUUGGGUACUCCGUGAAUGAAAAUCGAGUGAAUCGUGGAGUUAGUUUGCUAAAAAAAAGUUGCAUAUGCAAUCGCUUUGACAUCGACAAAUAUCCUUGUGUUCAUGCAAUAGCUGCUGUUAUAGCAUUGAUCAGGAGUGAGGAUAGAAGCGCCGAUGUGAAUUUCUAUGAUCUAGUGUCGAAGUAUUACUUAAUGAAGACGUGGUUGCUAGCUUAUUACAUGUCAAUUUAUUGUGUGCCGCAUAGGUCGCUUUGGAGUGUGCCAGAGGAUAUCAAGAAAGUAGUCGUCGUCCGCCGGACCAAAAAAGAGAAGAAAGAAAGACCUCAAGAAACUCGAUUUCCAGGGCCUCAAGAACGUCGUCGUCGUCGCCGGCGGAAGAAGACUAGCAAUAAGGAUAGACCUGAUCAAGAUUUAGGAAAUUGGACUCGAAGAGAAGGAGAUGAGGUUGAAGGAGAUUAUGAGAGCUAUUCGGAUAGUGAUUCGAGCUAUUCGGAUAGUGAUGAGAGCGACGGAGAUGGCUACGAGAGUGACGGAGAUGGUGAUGGGAGAGACGGAGAUGAAUUUCGAAUGGAGGCACCACGUUAA